AUGGGCUGGACGGGAGCGUGGGACGUCGCAGUAGAGGCAGAACGGAACGCUGCUCGACCCGCAGACACCGCCAGCACACGACCGCGACACGACUUUGCGACCCCGCCGACCCAGCUCCCCCUCCUCCCUUCGACCCAUUCCAUCACCUCGUUCAGACACGCCCAGAUGACGACGAAGAGGAGGAACCACGGCCGCAACAAGAAGGGUCGUGGCCACGUCGCCUCGAUCCGCUGCUCCAACUGCUCGCGCAUGUGCCCCAAGGACAAGGCGGUCCGCCGCUUCACCGUCCGCAACAUGGUCGAGACGGCUGCCAUCCGUGACCUUUCGGAUGCGUCGGUGUACGCUGAGUACGUGCUCCCGAAGCUCUACCUCAAGAUCCACUACUGCAUCUCGUGCGCCAUCCACGCGCACGUCGUCCGCGUUCGCUCGCGCGUCGGCCGCCGCAACCGCGCGCCCCCUCCCCGCGUCCGCUUCAACAAGGACGGCAAGAAGAUCUCGCCCGCCGCCCAGCAGGCCGUCGCUGCUGCCCGCAACUAA